AUGGCUGAAAUAUUCUACCGUGUUAAUCCUGCUGAGUUUCUGGCUGAUCUCAUAUCCAUUGAUUACACUUCUUCUGAUACUAUUUACUUUUCCCAAAAGAAGAUUGAUGGUCUUGUUGAGGCAUUCUCGCAGAAGACGUCAACUAUUCUUUAUGCAACUCCCCUUAUCAGAAGUGAAGUCUUUAGGAGCACCACAAGGCUUGGAAGGAAAUCUGUUGUCAAGAGAAAAGUUGGUUGGUGGAGGCAGUUCUGGUUGCUUCUGAAACGGGCAUGGAUGCAGGCUUCUCGGGAUGGUCCUACAAACAAAGUUCGAGCAAGAAUGUCUGUUGCAUCAGCUAUAAUAUUUGGGUCCGUUUUUUGGCAAAUGGGAAGAUCUCAAACUUCUAUACAAGACAGAAUGGGAUUACUCCAGGUUGCUGCAAUAAACACAGCAAUGGCUGCACUUACAAAAACAGUGGGAAUAUUUCCCAAGGAACGUGCAAUUGUCGAUAGAGAGUGUGCCAAGAGGUCCUAUGCUUUAGGACCUUAUCUACUUUCAAAGCUAUUGGCUGAGAUCCCUGUUGGAGCAGCUUUUCCUUUAAUUUUUGGUACAGUUUUGUAUCCCAUGGCUCGUCUUCAUCCUACAUUAUCAAGUUUUGGGAAGUUCUGUGGUAUUGUUACUGUGGAAUCAUUUGCUGCAUCUGCAAUGGGUCUAACUGUCGGGGCUAUGGCUCCAACAACAGAAGCAGCAUUGGCCUUGGGGCCAUCCCUUAUGACGGUUUUUAUUGUUUUUGGUGGUUCUUAUGUUAAUGCUGAUAACACACCAGUGAUCUUUCGUUGGAUUCCUCGGGUUUCUCUCAUCAGAUGGGCUUUCGAAGGGCUUUGCAUCAAUGAAUUUAGUGGUCUUCAAUUUGAUCAUCAGCAUUCCUUCGAUAUUCAGACUGGAGAACAGGCACUUGAGAGGCUCUCAUUUGGAGGGAGAAGCAUUAGUGAUACAUUGGUGGCACAGGGUAGGAUACUUAUGUUUUGGUACUGGACCACUUACCUUCUUCUUGAGAGGAACAAGCCCAAAUACCAACAGCUUGAGCCUCCUAUCUUUGAUCAACCCCAGUCACGCCAGCAGCUUGAGCUUGAGGCUCCUCCCGUUGACAGUGAUGAGCCAUACCAGGAACUUGGGACUUCCCCCCUUGAUGAAGUCGACAAAGUCAAACCAGAUGAACAGCGAUGAGCAAAGAGCAGAGUUCACAGAAGAUGUGUUAACAUAGCAAAGAUGUCAUCACUGCCGGUCCAUAUAAAGCUCAUUCAGGUUUUACUAGGGGCUUGUAGGGGGAAAUGACCUGCAAUGGCGUGGAUGAUUGUCAUAGUUUGAAAUAGUAAGAUGCAGGUGCUAGAUUAGAGGCCUGGCUAUCCAGUAAGGCUUGAGCAGAACAUGUAUUCUUUAUCCCAUUUAUUUUCAGUAUUCUUCAACUCUAAAUCUUUAGACCACUGCUCAAUAUGUCUCAAUUUGCACGGCUAAA